AUAGUAAUUAUCUAACUUCACACAUCAACUAUCUUUAUAUAGAUCAGAUUUGUGGAGUUAACUUUUUUGUCUAUGGUGACUUUAAUCAUCAAAAUGUGAAGAAGAACCCUGUCAUUAUUGUUUCUAAUCAUGGAACUUUAUUCGAUUUGCACUGCCUCAUAAGAGGAAUGUUUGACAUUGAGCGACCAUCUCAAACUUUCCCUAUAACAACGGAAAGAUUUCGACGCUCUCACAUCUACCUAGGCUGGCUGAAACAGAUGCAUCAUUUCAUAUUUGUCAAGAAAGAUUGGAUAAAAGAUCGCGUGCACAUAGACAAGUCCAUACGGUAUCUACUUGAAACUUGUUCCUCGGUAGAUGUUGUCAUUUAUCCUGAAGGUAAAAUACCAAGUGAGGCUUUUAAAAAGGAAGACAAAGAGUAUGCAGAGAGUAAAGGUUUGGCUACAUUCAAGCAUUUAUUACACCCCAAGCUAAAGGGAUUCAUUGCUUGUGUACAAACCUGCAGAUCUGGAGGGGCCCCAUUUGAAAUAUGCGAGGUUACUGUAGCUUAUAAAGGAAGGACUGGUAAUUGUGCAUACAAAGGCCCAUUUGGAGGCAUACAACUUCCUACCGGUGAAUUACCACAAGAAGUUCAUUUUCAUAUCAAGUAUCAUCCAUCAUCAAGCCUGCCUUCAUCAGAUGAAGAGCUAGGUGAAUGGCUAUACCAGAGAUGGCGUGCAAAGGAUGAGCUACUGGUGCAGUUUCAUAAAACAAAAUCAUUUCCUGGUCCUGUACAAAAAGAAAGCUUGAUGAAAAAGCUUGAAAUGUGGCUUGCAAUAGGAAUUUGGGCCGUUUUGAUUGGAGCUGUGGUCUACUUUUGGAUAAAAGUCCCACUGCUGAUGGCUGUUAUAAUGGGAACGACAGCUCUCAUUCAUUAUAUUGUUGAUAAGCGGUUUGAUGGGUGGGAGAGGGUAGCGCUAAGGAGGUGGGAGCGUUCAAAAAAAAUGAAGUAACUAGGCUCUGAUUAUUAUAACUAGACCUAGCUUUAUUUAUUAUUGUUAUUUAUUAAACAAUAUUAAAUCCUUUCAUAA